GCAGCAGUCUUUGGCGGUGGCUCUUUGGCAGGGUUUCUAGGGUUUGAGAUUGUCUGCAAAGACCCGUUCAACUGCUCCGUCGAGAUGGUUCUUCAGAAUGAUAUCGAUUUGCUCAAUCCUCCGGCCGAGCUGGAGAAGAAGAAGCACAAGCUCAAGCGUCUUGUGCAGUCCCCGAACUCGUUCUUCAUGGAUGUCAAGUGCCAGGGUUGCUUCCAAAUAACAACUGUGUUCAGCCAUUCGCAAACAGUGGUGGUGUGUGGGAACUGCCAGACAGUGUUGUGCCAACCUACAGGAGGACGUGCUAGGCUAACAGAGGGAUGCUCUUUUAGGAGAAAGGCAGAUUGACUUUUGUAAUGUCUCAGUUUUGCACUUGCCUGUUUGGUAAUGUUAGAAGGGUUACUUAUGCAUUAUGUCCUAAUGAUUUGAGCUAAGGAUCUGGAUCAUAUGUUGGUUUAGUUUUUCUUGGAGAGUUGCUCUUAUCUUUUAUGUAAUGUUCAAACUAUGCUUUAAACAUCUGUUAUUGACUUAUUAGUUGUUUUUGG